CCAUCGCUCUUUAAAUGGUAACGUUAUUCAAAAAUGUCUUGCUAUACGUAACUGCUGUUUCCUCUGAGUCUGUAGCAAAGAGUCUGUAGCAGACAGCAUCUCACACAUUAUCACUUCCUUCACGUGCAGCUGAGCGUUUAUCAGCGAGCUCGCGAGCAUGAAAAAGAGAUUUGUGGCUGAUUUGACAAAUAGAUACGGAGACUGACGACAUGAACAUUUAUACUGAGUCGUGAUUCCGCGAGCAUCUGGAAUAUUAGCUUUCCAGUGACCAUGAACAUAACUGGUCCAACAAACCACACGAACAGCUGUAAACCAUUUUACGAGGAAGAAAACCCAAUUCCACUUGUGGUUCUCUACAGCACAGUCCUCACAUUAGGCCUGCCUGCUAACCUGAUCACAGUCUUCCUCACGUUCCUCGAAGUGUGCCGGAAGAACGUCCUAGGAGUCUACCUCUUCAGCCUGUCAGUGUGUGACCUGAUGUAUCUAGGUACACUUCCACUCUGGGCCAUUUACAUCAACAGAGGUCACCACUGGGAGUGGGGCUCUUUGGCCUGUAAGUUCACCGGCUAUGUGUUCUUCAACAACAUGUACAUCAGUAUCUUCUUGAUGUGCUGCAUUUCCGUGGACCGCUUCGUAGCGGUGGUCUACGCCGUGGAGUCUCGAGGUCUGAGAAGGAUGAGGCAUGCCGUGAUCAUCAGCGUUGUGAUUGUGUUGGUCGUUGCUGUCGGACACGUGCCGGUUUUCACCAUGACGGAGGGCGACUCUGAGUUAAUGGAGGAGAAGCGGUGCUUCGAACCAAGUGACCCCUCUGUCGUAGUGACGGGACUCAACUAUUCCCGCUUCUUCAUCGGUUUCUUCAUCCCGCUGUGCAUUUUAAUAGUCACCAACUUGGCCAUCAUAGCUAAAGUUCGAGCUAGCACUGGUUUGAAGCCAAAGGCCAAGGUCAGAAUUCGUAACCUGGCCUUAGCCGUCAUCUUGUUCUUCUUAGUCUGCUUCACGCCGUACCAUGUGAUCCUUUUGCUACGUGCCAUCAAUUUCCACUUCUCCAAUGGGAAAUGUGACUUUGAGAGAAGUGUCUAUACACCCUAUACGAUCUCUCUGGGUCUGUCUACCAUCAACAGUGCCAUAAACCCUGUUUUCUAUGUGCUUAGCAGCAACAGUGUUCAUAAGAAGAUCCACAAAGGCCUACAAGGGUUACGUAGCAGCUCGAGAUCUUCUUCUUUUACAUGAUUUAUUUAGUUUCCAUAGCUGAGAUUGUGUAGCCUGUACAACAUUUCAAUGUUUUGAAUAUAAAUGUGUUAUGUUUCUAUUAUCCUUUUUUUAUUAAAAUGAAAUGCUAUUCAACUUAUUGUGGAAGAUUCAUCUGUGUUCACUAUGUAUUUUUUUUAUUUUAUUUUAUUUUUCAUCAACAACUUUUCUCUGGUGACAUAUGGCAGAUUUCUCCAAUAAUCUGAUUUUAUUUUUCAUCAGUACUUUUCAUCAGUUUGUUAUCUUAGAUCAUAGUUAAAGUCCAAGUGUGAAAUAGAUGUUUUUGAGUUUGGUUUGAAAUGUAUGCAGCCACAGACACGUAACGAGGAAAUGGUUAGAGGUUAAGGUGCUGAUGUGCAGAACAAGAGGAUGUCUUUCUGUUUGCAGGUGACAGUCUAGACAUUUAUGGACUGUGUGCCUGCAUUAUGACACGUAGUUACACACAUGGGCUUGAGAAUGGCUUAUUUUUUUGGUACUGAUUUAAAGGUAAGUGUAAAGAAUCAGGACUUGAUGCAUGAAAUGUUUUGUUGUGGUUAUGACGGAGCAUGAGAACGGAUGCUCAAAUAUGUUUAUAACUUGUACCUUCCUUGACCUUGAAUUGUUUGUGAACUUGCUACCUGCUUGGUUGUAAUAAAAGAUAGAGCAGG